AUGGCGUCCUCUUCCACUCUCCAUAUUCCCCUCUUCAUUGUUGACAGAUUCAGGCUUCAACCUCGGCUCGCCUCCAUUUGCAUCGUGCCCAAAGCCGUCUAUAUCUAUGUCCUCUCGGCCGCGGCAGAUGCAGCGAACGUAAAAUUCAGAACAUUCGGUGUGGAGAUUUGGAAGCCAAAGGAGCCCUUGUACGCCCAGGACGAAGAGCAAUUACAAUGCCUCCCAAGCGAGCACGGCUCUCGCUUCCAGGAAUUUUGUGUCAAGCUUACUAAGUUGAUGUCGAGACCAGGCGGUGGAAUCAACAUCGGGUCCAUCCUCACUGAUACCACCGAAUCACAACCUCCAAGCGGCACAUGCGCUCUAAUCGCUGAGGUCUAUCCAAUGGAACUGCUCACGAGGGAUGAGAUCGAACGAUACGCUCCGGUCAUCUCUCCCCCGCUCGAGGUCAUCAUCCCCUCGUUUUCCACCUUCGUCGCCUUGUCUAGUUCCCUCGAUCUUCCUGUUCCAGAAGAAAUUGUCAGGCGCACUGGAGAGUUGAUGCAUCUUUGCUCUGCUCUCCCUCUCGAUCACGUCACACUCCAUGACGAAGUUUUUCCAGUUCUCUCCAGCAUCUUGGGCUUUCCUGUUGAGCCAGGAUUCUGUUGCAACACCCCCACCGCCACUGCUCCUCCACCGCGCUCGGAUACCGCCGUGUUGACUGUAAUUGGGCUCGGCAUCGAAGACGGGUACGGCGGACGCAUCGCACAAAGCACGUACAUCGACUACUACCGGAGUCCGCCUAAAAUCAUCAGCCACAGCUGCUCAGUGCCCUCAUUUUUGAUCGGCAUCGCUGGUCCACGGAUGUCCAUUUUUGGCGCGACCAUUGCAAGGCAGCCCAUUGUGCAACGCUUGACGCGAGACCUGUGGCUCGCACGGGAUCACCCCCUGGACGAUGCGGUCUUACUGGAGAACGCGCGCGUUCUUUACGCCCUCGCGCGUGGGCUGGAGUCUUUGCGCGCGUUCUACGCCACCCUCGGACGCCUCCCGACGCCCGAUGCCCGCAUCGAUGCGGACGAGCCGGGACACCGCGACGUGGUCGUCAAGUUCGUCAGCCACUACGGCGCGGACGCACACCGCCUUCUCGCCUCCGCGAAGCUGGCCCCGCAACUGCUGUAUUGCGGCGACGUAUGGGUGGAGGAGCCUCGGUACCACGGCCACAAGAUGGUGGUCAUGGAAUACGUUGAGGGCGUUGUAGCGUUUUGCUCGCAUCAGCAGAACGCCGCUCUCCCCGAGGUGACGCGGGCGAUCGGGCUGUUGCACGCUGGUGAGAUGGUGCUCGGGUAUGUGCACGGGCAUAACGUGUUGUUGCUCCCGGGGUGGGAAGAAAAUGCGAAGGAUAAAGUGAGGAUUAUCGGCUUCGACUGGGCAGGACGUGUUGGUGAGGCACGGUAUCCGUGCCGUCUUCCGAAGCAGGUGUUUGCGGUGGACGGUGUGAAGGAGUAUGGGUUCAUCGACCCGGCUCAUGACACAGGGAUGCUAGCUUCAUUUUGCAGCGCUCACGGACCUUGA